AUGUACGAAAUCCGUGAGAGAUGGAUUCCGGUAUAUAUGAAACAGAUGUUUUCCACCCAUAUGACUAGUAGUCAAAGAGCUGAGAUUUCUCAUGCUUUUUUCAAGUAUGUUUCUUUAAAUAAUUCAUUGUACGACUUUGUCACGUGGUUUGUUAUGGCGCUUUCUCACACACGACAUAAUGAAUUGGAUUUGGAUCAUAAAGAUCUCAAUGAGAAGCCACAAUUGAUAACAUCGUUUCCCAUGGAGUCCACAAUGAGUGAGUUAUAUACAUUGGCCAUAUUUAACAAGUUUCAAGAUGAACUCUUUCAAAUUGGGGCGUACAUGGUUAAGAUGACAUAUGAGGAUGAACACUAUUGUUUCUACAUUGUUGAGAGGGCAAAGGUGAGUGGUUUUAGGGUUCGUAAUCUUUUGGUAAAUAAGUCAUCAGAACAUGUAAGUUGCAGUUGUAAGCUAUUUGAAUGUGACGGAAUUCCAUGUCGGCAUUUGUUGGCUUACUUCAAUAGAAUGCAGAUUCUUGAUCUGCCUCAUGAGUUCAUUUUGGCAAGGCAAAAUAAGCUCUUCAAAUUUGCUUCUAGUGUAAUUGAUGAUGCCGUAUUAACUGAAGAUGGAAGUGAGCUAUUGGAAGAAGCUUAG